AUGGCCUCCUCUUGUCGGCCAUCUCGCCCGCUUCAGCAUCGCCCGAGGAGGUGGGCGAACCAGCUGGCGGCGACUUCGCCGGCUGGCUGCCCAUCCAUCUUCUACUCGCCUCGCGUGCACUCUCCCCCCUCGCCGCCCACCCUCCCGAGAUCCCCCCUCCUUCCUCUCUUGUCCACUCUUCUCCAAUCGCCCACCAAAGGCUCGUUGGUGAACGCCAAGAACGGACAGGGCAUGACGCCGCUUCAUCUCGCCGUCAGCCGCGGCUGUGCACCCUACAUCAUUCGCCACCUCCUCAUCCUCGGGGCCGACCCCACCAUCACCGCCAAAGGGAAGACGUGCGUGCAGCUGGCGCAGAACGAGGAGACGGUGAAGCUGCUGCUCAACAGCCGCGCGCCGUCGAACAGCGGACCCCUACUCACCAAGGCCUCGUCGCGCCUCAACAUCCGGCGCUCGGCGGACCUGCCCAGCAUCAGCACGACCGACUCAUCCUUCUCUUCCCUCUCUAGCUCCAGCGAGGCGUCCUUUUCCUCUUCUUCUUCUUCUUCUUCUUCGUCGUCUUCGUCUUCAUCUCUCGCCUCGCCUUCGCAGUCAUCAUCACCGUCAUCACCGUCAUCACCGUCAUCGCUUUCUCCGCACAGUUUGCCGAAGCCGAAGCCGGCGUCGUCGCCAUCGUCGCCCAAGGAGAGCCGACGAGACCGAGACGCCGCCGGUGAUGACUCGCUCUCGCUCUCGCUGCCGCCGCCGCCGCCAUCGACCACGGCAUCGCUCUCGUCGUCGCCGCUCACCUCGCCGCGCGACACCCUCAGCAGCGGCGGCAGCGGCGUCCGGCGGAAGAGCUCGACCAUCAAGAAGAAGAAGAAACAGUCCACCCUCACCAAGCAUCGCAGCCGACCAUCGUCGCCACCGACCGUCGCUGCCGCCGCUGACGUGGCUGUCGACAACAACAAUAACGACGACGACCAGGGGCAGCGGGCCGCAGCUGCGGCCUUGGCGGCUACGAAGGAGGAGCAGCAGCAGCAGCAACGUUGGAUGGCCGAGCAGCAGCGCGAGUGGGCUCGCAUCGGGCGCGAGCGGGCGCAGCGAGUCGACGAGGAGCGUACUAUCUACCUCCUCCUCUGCCUGCUCAGCGCGCUCGCGGCCGUGGUGGGCGGCCACCUGUGCGGCUACUACAUGGGACGCCUCGACGCCGACAACCACCACUACGCCCUGCUGAGCGCCCAGCACCAGGCCAACAUCGCCAACGCGACGACAGCUCUGUCGUCGCCGCCACCAGCGUCGUCUUCGUUCUUCUUCUCUUUCUUCUCUUGGUGGAGUUCGUCGUCUCCACCGCCGAUGUCGCUGCCGCCGGAAGUGCUCCCUGGCGGCAGCGGAGGCGGCGAGGAAGCCGCGCGAUCGGAGACCACCAUCGUGCGCGUGUCGUCGUCGCUGGGCGGAGGACUCGUGGCCUUUGCCGGCCUCCUCAGCCUCUACCACUUUGCCCUGAAGAUGCUUCGCUGA